AAAACUAAACAAAAAGGAUUUAAAAUGGGUAUUUCUUAAUUUACCGACUUAUUUAAUCUGAUAUACUUUUAAUACAUUUUUUUUUUCAAUAAAACUGCCCAGAUGUUCCAAUAAUCUGCAAAAGCAAAAUCGAAGUAACAGAAGAUGCGUUUGCUAAUUUUAACAGUUCUGUACCUCCAAUGCGCCUCUGCGUUUUUCUGCUCGAGCCUGAAAGACGAAGAUUGGUGGAAAACGGCCACCUUCUACCAAAUCUUCACGAAAUCCUUUAAAGAUAGCAACGGCGACGGCAUAGGAGACAUCCAAGGCAUCCUGGACAAAUUGGACUACAUCAAAAAUUUAGGCGUAACUGGCGUGUGGUUAACGUCCUUUUUCCGUUCUCCCGAGAAGGAUAACGGCUACGAUGUAUCGAAUCACACGGAUAUUAAUCCUGCAUUGGGAGACCUGGACACAUUCCAGAAGUUUUUGAACGAAGCCCAUAAAAAGAGACUGAAAGUUAUCAUCGAUUUCAUACCAAACCACACCAGCGAUCAACACGACUGGUUCAAUAAAUCCAUGAAUAGAGAAGACGAGUACACGGAUUUUUACGUUUGGUUGAAAGAUGACAACACCACUGGUCCUCCUAAUAACUGGGUUAGCAAUUUCAACGGAUCCGCUUGGCAAUGGAAUGACCAAAGAAACCAAUACUAUUUGCACCAGUUCCUGCCCGAACAACCGGAUUUGAAUUACAGAAACAAUUACGUAAGAAACAUAAUGAAGGACAUUCUGACUUAUUGGCUGAAAACUCAGGGAGUCGACGGUGUUAGAAUAGGUUCUGUGCCUUAUCUCAUUGAAGAACAAGUUUUCAAAGAUGAACCUGUAUCCAAGCGCCAUCCGAACGCUACAGAAUCGGACUAUGAAUAUUUAAAUCAUGUAUUUACCGUUAACCAACCGGAAAGCUACGAUUUGGUAUAUGAAUGGCGAGCUCACGUGGAUAAAAUUUCUUCUAUCACUGGACAAACAAAGAUUUGUAUAUGUGAGGCGACUCAACCAACUGAUAAAAUUAUACCUUAUUAUGGGAGCCGCGCUGGAACGAAACAGGGCGCUCAUUUCGCUUUUAAUUUCAUACUGGAUCUAGAACUGAAAGCUACAUCCAAUGCGAAAGAUUUGGCGAAUUUGAUAGGCGAAUGGUUGAAUAAACUCCCUAAAAUAUACGUUUCCAACUGGGUGCUUGGUAGUCACGACUUUCAUCGCGUUGCCACGAGGUUGGGAAGAGAACGAGUCGAUUUGCUAAACAUGCUAACGGGAUUUCUACCGGGCAUUCAAAUUACGUACUAUGGCGAGGAAAUCGGAAUGGAGGAGGUCAAUGAAUGCGCCCAACUUCACCAGUCUAACGCCAGCGAUUGUUAUGUAUACAAGGGGGAUUCGAGGGAUCCCCAGAGAACGCCUAUGCAAUGGGAUAGCAGCCCUUUAGCUAAUUUCAGUGACGGUAAAACGACAUGGUUGCCUGUGAGUUACAAGAAAAACCAGUGCAAUGUUAAAGAUCAAGAGGAAGAUCCCAAGAGCCAUCUGAACGUUUACAGAAGCGUUCAGAAUUUGAGGACGCAACUGAGGACACAGGACCAAAUGGAAAUGAAAGUCUUGGACAAGCACAACAACAUUCUAGAGUUGACUAGAUAUAACAAAGGGGAGAGCCAAGGCUCGAGAAUCAACGUAUUUAUUAUGGUGUUGAAUUUUGGAGGCGAGCCGGUUACAGUGCCCCUAACGGCGGAUCCUCCCUUUAAAGUGAUGCUGCGGAGUGGAAAUUCGUUACGAAAAUGCGGGGAAAUGAUAAAAGCGAAAAUUUUGACGAUGCAACCCUAUGAAGCUUUAAUAUUGAAACCUAAAUAUACUUCGAAUUGAAAGUUAUUUAUAAGAAAUUUAUCGUAAUUUGAUUGUAGAAAAAGAGUGAUGAAUAAAUUAAACAGUUACCUUUACA